GAGUGAUGCACUUGGAAUGAGAACCAGAGGAUGGAAAUAGUCUGGGAGGUGCUUUUUCUUCUUCAAGCCAGUUUCAUCGUCUGCAUAUCAGCUCAACAGAAUUCACCAAAAAUCCAUGAAGGCUGGUGGGCAUACAAGGAGGUGGUCCAGGGAAGCUUUGUCCCAGUUCCUUCUUUCUGGGGAUUGGUGAACUCAGCUUGGAAUCUUUGCUCUGUGGGAAAACGGCAGUCGCCAGUCAAUAUAGAGACUAGUCACAUGAUCUUCGACCCCUUUCUGACGCCCCUUCGCAUCAACACUGGCGGCAGAAAGGUCAGUGGGACCAUGUACAACACUGGAAGACAUGUGUCCCUGCGCUUGGACAAGGAGCACUUGGUCAACGUAUCAGGAGGGCCCAUGACUUACAGCCACCGGCUGGAGGAGGUCCGGCUACACUUUGGGAGUGAGGAUAGCCAAGGGUCAGAGCACCUCCUCAACGGACAAGCUUUCUCUGGGGAGGUGCAGCUCAUCCACUAUAACCACGAGUUAUAUACCAAUGUCACAGAAGCUGCAAAGAGCCCAAAUGGAUUGGUGGUAGUUUCUAUAUUUAUAAAAGUUUCUGAUUCAUCAAACCCAUUUCUUAAUCGAAUGCUCAACAGAGACACUAUCACAAGAAUAACAUAUAAAAAUGAUGCAUAUUUACUACAGGGACUUAAUAUAGAGGAACUAUAUCCAGAGACCUCUAGUUUCAUUACUUAUGAUGGGUCAAUGACUAUCCCACCCUGCUAUGAGACGGCAAGCUGGAUAAUAAUGAACAAACCUGUCUAUAUAACCAGGAUGCAGAUGCAUUCGUUACGCCUGCUCAGCCAGAAUCAACCAUCUCAGAUCUUUCUGAGCAUGAGUGACAACUUCAGGCCUGUCCAGCCACUCAACAACCGCUGCAUCCGCACCAACAUCAACUUCAGUUUACAGGGGAAGGACUGUCCAAACAACCGGGCCCAGAAGCUUCAGUAUAGAGUAAAUGAAUGGCUCCUCAAAUAG